GAAAGGGGGCGCUCUGAACGAGCGAGAUUGUUCUUGCUGCAAAGAACACAAGGCGAUUAAAGUUGAUGGAAUCUCGCAGAUUAAAUGGCGCCAAACUUGUUAAACCUAACUUGUUUGGUCCAUCGUCUCCAUGGAAAUGGCGGUAUAGAUAGAUAGAGAGGAAAAAAAUGCAAAAAAAAAAAAGGAAACUGCCAGGUCGCUAAAAUAAACCGCUGCGCCUCCGCGUUCCCCGGCCGCACGCGUCGCGCUCUGCCGCUAUAAACGACGAGGGCCUCGCGCUCGCCGCGCACUCGACGCGCAUCCUUCCUCCGACGAGAAAAAGAGCUGGCCAAGAAAUGGACGGCGACCAGCAGGGCCAGAGCGUCGCGGCGGUGGCGGUGAAGCCGUCGCUGGCCAAGGCGCCGUCGCCGUCGUUCCGCCUCCGCAACGGCAGCCUCAACGCGGUGCGCCUCCGCCGGGUGUUCGACCUGUUCGACCGCAACGGCGACGGCCACAUCACGGUGGACGAGCUGGCGCAGGCGCUGGACGCGCUCGGCCUCGAGGCCGACCGCGCCGGCCUGGCCGCCACCGUCGGCGCCUACGUCCCCGAGGGCGCGGCGGGGCUCCAGUUCGAGAACUUCGAGGCCCUCCACCGCGCCCUCGGCGACGCGCUGUUCGGCUCGCUGGACCUCCCCGACGACGGCGUCGGCGGCGGCGGCGACGAGGAGGAGAUGAAGGAGGCGUUCAAGGUGUUCGACGUGGACGGCGACGGCUUCAUCUCCGCCGCCGAGCUGCAGGAGGUGCUCAAGAAACUCGGCAUGCCCGAGGCCGGCAGCCUGGCCACCGUGCGGGAGAUGAUCUGCAACGUCGACCGCGACAGCGACGGCCGCGUCGACUUCGGCGAGUUCAAGUGCAUGAUGCAGGGGAUCACCGUCUUUGGCGCCUGAUUACUUCAGUUUCUGAAGCUCUGAAGUAAGAGAAGACGAUGAAUCGCAGCAAGAACAGUAGGUUUGGUGUUAAUCUCUGCUAAGCUUAAGUACUUUGUUGCGGCUACGAUCUUAUCCCUGCGGUUGUGCGUCAGAUUUGCUGGGCCUGAGAUUCGUCUUUUUGUGGCCUGUAUUCGCAUAUCUAGUUGUGUGGUGUUUAUGUACAUUUUACGUACGUACGCUUACUGAUGUAUUACUAGCGAAUAGUGAUGUGGAUGUUCUUGACUGUGCAUCGAAGUAGCACGUCAACCAUUAAAAUUUGGUGUCUUGUGUUUUUCCAUCGCUUGAAAUAGCAUAUUCGCCUGUGACCUUUUUGAAACGUAGAAAUUUCAAAUAAACGCACUUGAAAAGAAUUAGAAGAUUAUUCGUCCAAAAGAAGAAGAGGAAGA